UUCUACUCUCCUCUUCCCACAAGGCUGGAUUUGGUAUGAUCCACUUGCCCGAGACCUUAGGUCUGGGUCUGAACAGAGAAACACGGCCACUGGUGCUGCUGCAGAGGAAGUGCACAACUAAAUCUACAGCCUAAAGACUCACAGAGAGCGAGACACAGAGAGAGAGAGAGAGAGAGAGCUAUGUAGAGUCCAGUCUUGCUCUGGGACGGCAGACUGACGGAAGCUGCUGGUAGUUUUACAGCUGUGCAUCUCUGUCACUCUGGAGUCAUGAGCUCAAAGGGGACGAACAUCCACAACAAACGUCUGCCGUCGGAGACAGAGCAUGCGCAGAGAGUCCCGGACGCAGAUUCGACACAGCAAAUGAGGACGAGAGAGAGACACCGAUUCUUUGAGGAGGUCUUUCAACACGAUGUGGAUGUCUACCUUUCCUCUGCACACCUGCAAAUAGAUUAUAAGAGACCUCCCUUAGGAAGUAUUUCAUCAAUGGAGGUGAACGUCGAUAUGCUAGAACAAAUGGACCUGAUGGACAUCUCUGAUCAGGAGGCCUUGGAUGUCUUCUUCAGUGCCAGCGGAGAGGAAGGAUCACUGACGUCCCCUCUUCCAGCUCUUGGCCACACUGACAUAGAAGAGGAUGGACUGCGGAGAAGUGACGUGUCCUUGAGAAUCCCAGACCCUUGUGAGAUCAAAUCCCGUAUGUUGUCCACUUCCUCCAACUCCACCUGUGACAGUCAGGCCUCCAAUGAGGACGGAUCGAGCACUCCUAUCGUCCAAUCAGAUGAUGAAGACGUGCAUGAAGAUGUGCCCACAGCCAGCGAUGCCACAAAAGAGCAGUCUGCCCUCUCAUUAUAAACUGCCUUCUCAUUAAUUACUGACGGUUUGGGAAGUGUAACAUGUCUAGGUUGAGUCUGUUUCAUGGGUGGAUUGACCGGUUUUAGCCAUAAAUCAAUCUACCAAAGACCUUCACGAAUGCUUGUAUUGCACAACACUUUCAAGGCCACUAUUACUCCACACUGAGAGCGUCACACUUUGACAGACCUGCAAUUUUGUAAUGGCAUUUGCGUCUUAGCAAUAUUUUACUGUAUCUUUUGUUGUUCUUUGGAAAUACAUUUCCAAAUAUGCAUUUUGCAGUGCUCUUUACAAAGACUGAUGCUGCUCUGUAGGGAGACUACAUUGAAUUAAGGUGGUGAGUCUCAUGAAAACAUUUCCAGAAGGAAACAAAACAUGAAAUUAUAUUUUGCUUAAAGAAAAUGUUGCCUUUUCUGUACAUGAUUAAAAGGAUAGUUCACCCAAACAAGAAAAUUAUAAUAUAAUUUACUCACUUUCAUGACAUUCGUUCAUUUUCUUUCUUUUUUUUUAUGAAAUCUAAAAGGUUUCUGUCCCUCAACUGAAAGCCCAUGCAAAAAGGCAUUGUAAAAUCAAUCCAUAUGAAUUGAGUGGUUUACAUCUAAGUCUCAAUUGUUUUUAGAUACUAAACAGAUUUAAAUUAGGGGUCUAUUUGACUUUUUAUGUGUUAAAAAAUGUACAUAGAGUGAAUCAAAUAAGGGUAACAAGGAAGCUGAAAUGUGCAUGCAUCGCACAUCAGAACAAACUCCUAAGUGUUUGGCAGACACUUUUAUUCAAAACAUUUUAUAAAAUGCAUACCUUCAAUGCCGUGUAAGUUCAUGAAUUUUCUGGUAAUCAAACCAAUGAUCUUUAUUUGAACUUUUUUUUUUUUUUUUUACAUUUAAAUCAACACAGAAAGAAAUUUAACAAAUACUAGCAUGGUGUAUAAAUAAAGUAUUAAAGUUUGUAAAUGUUUUAUUAAAUUAAUGAGAAUGUGAUUUUGUUCAUGAGAAUUUGAUGGAAAAUGUGCUUAAUUGUUAUUUAAAAAAAUGUCAUAAUGAAAAAAAAAAUCUUAAUGAGCAUUAGUUUUCUUGUAGUUAUUUGCCUUUAUUUACAGGACAAUAGACAAUAAAGUAGGGGUGAGAUGAUGGGAAUGGGCUCAUGACUGGGUGCCCAUGAGCUCUCCGACACGCCUAGACUUGUGAGCAUUUGCACAACCCACUGUUUCACAGCACUAACAGCCUUCAUUUGCUACAGGCAAAAACAAAUUAUUACUUUUGAUUUGGGGUGAAAUGUUACCUAUUCAUGACAGUUUUUGUGAGGUUGACACUAAAACUGGGUGUGUCAAGUUCAUAUUUCAAGAACGUGUUGAUAGUAUGUCCUUAUGCUUUGCUAUCGAAAUAAAGCCAAAUUUCAACUAAAGAGUA